CGCGGGCCCCGCGGUCUCGCGUGACCGCGGGCGCAGCCUCCGGGCCUCCAAACAGCAGCAACGGCAGAGGCAGGCGGGCGAGGUCAAGAUGGUGGCUCCGCGGGCGGGGGAGGUGUUGGAGGGAGGAGGAGCCAGACCUUAGCGGACCGGAAACACCGACACCCAGAGGCCUCCCGGGAGCCGCCGCCGCUGCCUCAGCCGCCGCCGCCUCCGCCGCCUGCUCCAGCUCGAGAGACGCGAGCGGGCGGCGGGGCGGGCCGUAAGGGAGCAGAGGAGGGAGGGCGGGGGCGGAGUCGCCCUCCUUAGCCCCCGCCCCUGGCCGCGGUCCCGGGCCCUGCCCCGCGCGGCCCUGCCCUGCUCGCCCAGCCCCGGUGUGGCAGCGGCUCAUGGCGGCGGUGGGGCCCCCGCAGCAGCAGGUGCGGAUGGCCCAUCAGCAGGUCUGGGCGGCGCUCGAGGUGGCGCUCCGGGUGCCCUGCCUCUACAUCAUCGACGCCAUCUUCAACUCCUACUACGAUUCCAGCCAAAGCCGGUUCUGCAUCGGGCUCCAGAUCGUCCUCCGGCUCCUUGGUAUAUUUGUAUCCAGUAUUGUUCUGAUCUUGUCACAACGAUCACUUUUCAAGUUUUACAUGUACAGUUCAGCCUUUCUCUUAGCUGCAACUUCAGUGUUGGUAAAUUAUUACGCUUCUUUGCACAUUGACUUCUAUGGUGCCUACAACACAUCAGCUUUCGGAAUUGAGCUGCUUCCUCGAAAAGGGCCCUCACUAUGGAUGGCACUCAUCAUUCUACAGCUGACCUUAGGGAUUGGAUACAUCACACUACUACAGAUUCAUUCCAUCUACUCACAGUUAAUUAUUUUGGAUCUCUUGGUUCCUGUAAUAGGCUUAAUCACAGAGCUGCCAUUACACAUCCGAGAGACUUUAGUUUUUACUUCUUCUUUGAUUCUCACAUUAAACACAGUGCUCGUCUUGGCAGUGAAACUUAAGUGGUUUUAUUAUUCUACACGGUAUGUUUAUCUUUUAGUGAGGCACAUGUAUCGAAUUUACGGAUUACAGUUAUUAAUGGAGGACACGUGGAAGAGGAUUCGUUUCCCAGAUAUCCUGAGAGUCUUUUGGCUAACAAGAAUUACAGCUCAGGCUACAGUGUUGAUGUACAUUUUAAGGAUGGCAAAUGAAACGGAUUCCUUCUUUAUUUCUUGGGAUGAUUUCUGGGACCUCAUUUGCAAUCUUAUAAUUAGUGGAUGUGAUUCUACACUAACUGUACUGGGCAUGAGUGCUGUAAUUUCCUCAAUAGCCCAUUACUUGGGCCUUGGAAUAUUGGCCUUUAUUGGAUCAACUGAAGAAGACGACAGGCGGCUUGGCUUUGUAGCGCCUGUUCUCUUUUUUAUUUUGGCUCUUCAGACUGGUUUAAGUGGGCUGAGACCAGAAGAGAGACUUAUUCGCUUAAGUCGAAACAUGUGCCUUUUAUUAACUGCAGUCCUGCAUUUCAUCCACGGAAUGACAGACCCUGUAUUAAUGUCUCUCAGUGCCUCUCAUGUGUCAUCCUUCCGUAGACAUUUUCCUGUGCUCUUUGUCUCUGCUUGCCUGUUUAUUCUUCCUGUUUUACUCAGUUACGUUCUUUGGCAUCACUAUGCACUAAAUACAUGGUUGUUUGCAGUGACGGCCUUUUGCGUGGAACUCUGCUUAAAAGUAAUCGUUUCUCUCACUGUGUAUACAUUAUUCAUGAUUGAUGGCUACUAUAAUGUCCUUUGGGAAAAGCUUGAUGAUUAUGUCUACUAUGUUCGUUCAACAGGCAAUAUUAUUGAAUUUAUAUUUGGAGUAGUAAUGUUUGGAAAUGGGGCUUACACUAUGAUGUUUGAGUCAGGAAGUAAAAUUCGGGCUUGUAUGAUGUGUCUACAUGCAUAUUUUAACAUCUACUUACAAGCAAAAAAUGGCUGGAAGACAUUCAUGAAUCGUAGGACUGCUGUUAAGAAAAUUAAUUCACUUCCUGAAAUAAAAGGGAGCCGCUUACAAGAGAUAGACGAUGUGUGUGCGAUCUGCUAUCAUGAGUUCACAACAUCUGCUCGCAUCACACCGUGUAAUCAUUAUUUCCACGCACUUUGCCUUCGGAAAUGGCUGUACAUCCAAGAUACCUGUCCAAUGUGCCAUCAGAAAGUGUACAUCGAAGAUGAUAUUAAGGAUAAUUCAAAUAUCUCUAACAACAACGGAUUUAUUGCACCCAAUGAAAAUCCAGAGGAAGAUGUAAGAGAUGCUGCUGCUGAAUCCGACAGGGAACUGAACGAAGAGGACAGUACAGACUGUGACGAUGAUGUUCAAAGAGAAAGAAAUGGAGUGAUUCAGCACACGGGCCCAGCAGCUGAAGAACUUAAUGAUGAUACUGAUUAAAAUAGCAUUUACUAAUCAUUGAGGUUAUUUGUUUAAAAUUCAGUUCAUCCAAAAUGGAGUAAUACGCUUCACUUCAGUGUGUAACCAAGCACAAAAACAGUAUCCAUGUUCAAUCUGUGAAUGCUUUUCCGUUUACUGUGAUGUGCUACUGUAAAUAUACCUCUUUAAUUACUUCUGGUCUCUUUGGUGACCUAUUUAAAUUUGUGUACAUUAUUGUACAUAGAAUAAAAUGUUUUCACGUUUUUAUGACAAAAUUUGAACAAAUAGCUUUUUAAUAGAUGUAAUGAUAAUACAGUGCGUCAACUGUGCCAAAGAUUCCUCAAUGAAAGCAUAUAAAAGUA